GUUCAGCUGUGGGCGCCGUGGAACUCCGUGGCCAGGCACAAGAACGACCCUUCCAACACCAAUGAGAAGAAGUUGCGCGACCUCCUCAAGGCUGAUCUUCCCCCUGCAGUGGCAGCUGCGAUCCAGACGGAGCUGCAGCAGGCGAAGAAGCCGCCGCCCACGGACGCGUGGGAGGCGGCUCAGAAGGCCAAGCAGAAGCUACGCAAGACGGAGCAGGCCACUCAGAAGGCGGCGAUGGGCGUGCUACGGGCUGGCGCCGACCUUGAGACGGCCUCAGAGGUGCACGCGUCCAAGGUGGAAGAGCAGGCGAUGGCUGAGCUCGCCUACCAGAAGGCGCUCUCCACGCUGCAGACGGAGCAGGCACGUGAAGCACCUCAGCGGAACAAGGCCAUCAUCGACUACGACAUCUUCGAGACCGCGGACCCCGCGGACAUGGACGAGAACGAGCGCAAGACACUCAUGGAGUACAAGAAGGAGUUCGACGCCGCCAGGCCGCAGCUGGAGUCGGCGGUGCAGAAGCUCCAGGACCUCAUGGAGUCCAUCAAGCGCUUCGACCAGGAGCGCGUCGCCAAGCGGAGGCGCCAGGAGGAAGCGCCCGCGCCCCCUCAGCCUCCGCUGGGCGGCGAGUGGCUCAAGACGCUGUCCGACGACUCGCUGCGCCAGGCCGCCGAGGCCUCCAAGACCAAGACGCAGCUGCUACCGCAUCCCAAGCCUGUUGUGGAAGAGGCCCAGCUGUUCUUCUCGGACAUCACUGAGUGGGGCCCUCAGGCUGAGCGUUGGGUGGCGUCCACUGGCAAGCGCUAUCAGGUACUGGCCAUGGUCGAGACGCAUAUAUCACAGGCCAAACAGCAGCAGGAGUUUCUUAAGCUUGACAAGGAUGAUUGGAGAUCCUCCACAUGUUAUGCAGUGCCGACGGGUCGAUCUGCAGAGGGCACGACGGGCGGAGAGAUGGUCUUAGCUCGUAAGUCGGUGGCUGCAUCCACCUUCGACGCUAUGAGACACCAGAGCCGCCAGUUGCAUGCAGUUGAUCCGUGUCACGGCUUCGCCCCGAUGACGUGGCAUCGCAAGACAGGCAAUUUGGUCGCGAUAGCCUUCUACAUCGAACCGCACCACUCGAUCACGGGCCCCGUUCAUGAGCGCAUGGUCGCACUCACCGCUUUCUUGGACAUGUUGGCGGACCCUUGGAUUGUAUUAGCAGAUUGGAAUAUGACGCCGUGUCAACUGGCUGACAGCGGCUACCCUGAGGAGUGGGGUGGCUCCAUUCUUGUUGCCCCUGGUUCUGCAGCGCGUGAUAAAGGCUCGGGUUCGACCAUUGACUACGCGGUGGUGAAGCGCGGCUGGGAGAUGUCCGCGGUCAUUCGCCAGGUGCACGAUGUACCAUGGGGAACGCACUGCGGCCUGGAGGUCUGCGCGGGCGAGCCCCAGCCCUGGCGCUUUCGUGCUCUGGCCCUCCCUGCAGAUCUGCCCUGCCCCCCCAGGCCGCAGAGACAGGCGGACCCCAACAGCAAGACAUCAUUGAGGAAGAUGGCAGCGCUAGACAAGAGGCGCAACCAAUUGCCUGACACAUUGCAGGAGGCGUUUGGUGAGUUCACCCAGUCACAUGAGGCCUCAGCAGCGCCUCCAGCCUCGGUUGCAGCGGAUGUCGACUAUGUGAGCGGCGUCGACUUUGCCAUCCCCCUGAACCUCUGGAGGCGGCACCAGGACGACACGAGGGACACGCUGAGCACUUUCGACGUGAAUGGCACGCUGAGCACCUACGACACGGCUGGGCCCCCAGAGAAGGCAGGCUCGCAGCACCCUACAGGGAAGAAUCGCCUGCUGGAGGGGCUGCUCGGCAAGGUCGGGGCUGGUGCGACUGGAGUUGCUACAGCUGCUGGCAUGGACGCGACUGACCCCUUGAGGGACACGCUGGGCACUCUCGACGUGAAUGGCACGCUGAGCACCUAUGACACGGCUGGGCCCCCAGAGAAGGCAGGCUUGCAGCACCCGCCAGGGAAGACCCGCCUGCUGGAGGGGGUCGGGGCUGGUGCCACUGGAGUUGCUACAGCUGCUGGCAAGGACGUGACUCCUGCAGAAUGGUGGGCGAUUACCUUGACGUUGGUCAAGAAGAUUCUCGCGCUGUGCAAGCAUCAGAGGCAUGAGAACCUCGUAAUGUCUAAUCUCACCCUCUUGCAUCAGAGGGUCACGGACCUCCACGGGAAGCGAGACCUGCUGCUGCCGAAGGUGGAGGAGGAUGAGGUUUUCAGAUGGUCUGAGCUGGCACGCACCAUCACGAUCCUGGAUAACGACGAACGAUCGGAACUCAUCUGCCGCACGGAGGCUUGGUCAGGCCGUGCGGCCGCUCAUGCCUCUUACCAGCCCAAGAAGAAGUAUUCGGGUUGGCUGGCCGACAUGUGGAAGGCGAAGCCUGGUGUCUUGCAUCGCCAGGUCAAGCCGCAGGAGCAACAGCGUCUGGAGAUCUACAUCAGCGGCACAACGGUCUCCAACCCGAACCUGAUCAUGGAUGCGAAGCGGCAGGAGUGGGAGAAGGUUUGGACACCUCGCGAGUCCAAGCAGCAUAUUCUGGAUGCUCUGGAUAAGGCGGGGGCGGAAUUGAAGGCUGCUCUGGAUCACGCUGAGCUCCCUGUCUCCGACAAGACCGUGGUCCUCUCUAACAACAAGCAAGUGCGCGUGAUGCUGGAGCGCAAUCUUCGACGCCGUGGAGUGCCUGUCUCUGCUACGACGACGGCCACCGACUUGGGCAUCGACAUGGCAGCGGGCACGCGCAGAGUCCAGAAGAAAGCUGGAGAACGGGCUCGUGCGGCCACCACCAGGACCAAGCGCAUAGUGAAGAUGCGCAACACGGCUCAACAGGCACGUAUCGCCAAGGGCCUCUGGGCCACAGGCUCCCUGCCUCAGGGAGUCUAUGGCCAUCAAGUGCGAGGGUUGGCUCGACAUGCACUUUUGAGAUGGAGGAGGCAGGCAGCAGCAGCUGCCACUGGUCAAGCGGCGGGGCGCUGUUUAACCACGCUGCUGGGUACCACGUUCGACGGAGCGGAUCCUGGAGUUCAGCUUCGUGCGCAGUCUCUUCGACAGUGGAUCAGAUUCUGGCAAGACCAGCCUCAUCUCCAUCAGCGCAUUCGACGGACGUGGGCCUUGCUGAAGACUAAGUUGACCAUCGCAGGCCCGAAGAUCUGGUCUUACGUCACGGGCCCGACUGGGGCCGCUAUUGCUACACUGUUGGAAGCUGGCUGGGAUCCCAAAGCGGCUGACUGCUGGCAACGAGUUCACGAUGAGUACUUGGAGGAAUGGACACUCCCAGACGAUGGAGCAGAGUUGGUCGACCUCGACUACGAGUCCGUCCUCGACGAUUUUGCGGAGGACCUCCAGAGCAGGCUCUGGGCGACGGCGGCGGCGCACGAGCACGGCGCUUCCCUCGCCUGCGGGGCCCACCUGACCAUGAUCAGGAUCGAGCAGCGGAGGUGGUGGGUCCUGAUGGUGAAGGUAAGCCUCGCUGGGAAGCCUGCAGAGACCCUCAUGGGCGCCUCACUCUUUUCGGGGACGGCUCUGGAGGAGCCUUUUCGGAUGAUCCUCGGAGGCGCCGAUGUGGAUGGUCGGUUGCGGCGCUCGUCCCAGACGGGGCUGGCCGGUGGCGAGGCCACACUGGCCUCUUCGGCCCGCUUGAAGGCCGACGGCAAACGGUUCCGCGAGCUGAAUUAUUG